GUGAUAUGAUUGUUUUGGUUGAAACAGAAAAGUUUGCUGAUUUUUUUCAGCCGGCGCACGCUGCAUUUCAUUCAAUCAAAUACUAUUUUGAGGGACUUUACCGAUAUUACAGCUUAAAAAUUCGCGAUAAUGAAGACUUCCAAAGUCUUCGUGAAGAAGACUAAAAGAGGAGCAAUCCUGAAGAUCGUGAGAGAGCACUAUCUGAGGACAGACUUGACAUGCGGAUCGUAUUUCUGUAAGAAAUGCUUUCACGCUCCCAAAGAUUUGAUCCUUGACGAAGUUCCUGAAAUUCUAAGCUCCACCUACAACUAUCAUCAUUAUCUUGUGUUAGACACCAACAUCAUUUUAGACCAGAUCGAUAUUUUGGAGUCGAGAGUUCUCUCAAACAUCAUCCUUCUGCAAACCGUCCUGGAGGAAGUCAGAAACCGGAGCUCCACAAUUUACAAAAGGCUCCUGGACUUGACUGGAGAAACCAAAAAUUUCUACACAUUUGUCAAUGAGCAUCACAAAGACACACAUGUUGAGAGCAGAGACCUCGAGUCCAAAAAUGACCGAAACGACAGAGCCAUUCGACGAGCAGUCGAGUGGUACAACGAGCACCUCACCACACAGGGUGGUGUCUGUGUGAAGGUGAUCUUGCUGACGGAUGACAACAAAAAUAGAGAAUUAGCUCUAAAAGAAGGCCUUGUUGCCUUGACAAUGAGGGAAUAUGUGUCCUCCCUUGAGAAACACCAAAAUUUGAUGGACAAACUGAGCCACAAAAGCUACGACAUUGACGCUGGGGGAAAAGCAAAAACUCCUCUCUUCCCUGCCCACUUGUCAGCAGAGCAGGUUCACAUGGGCAUCAAGACUGGGAAAUUGUUACAAGGCGUCUUUUACGCUUCCAGAGACAAUUUCCUCGAAGGCACAGUCAACGUCGAUGGGAUGGAAAAAUCGGUGUUAGUUCAGGGUCACGAGGGAUUGAACAGGGCUGUUGACGGAGAUCUGGUUGCCCUUGAAAUGUUAUCCGAGAGCAACUGGUCGGCACCCUCUGAUGUAGUUUUGCAGGAUGAGGGCGGAGAUCCAGGAGACGUAAAUCCUGAGGAGGAGCAAAUUUUGGAAUCUGCAACUAAGAGCAAGGAGAAAAUUCCAACAGGUAAAGUGGUGGCAAUCAUCAGACGCAAUUGGCGACAGUAUUGCGGCAUCCUCCAAUUGGGAAACUAUCAAGGGGCCGUCAAUCAAAUUUUUGUGCCAGCUGAGAGGAAAAUUCCCAAAAUUAGAUUUGAGACACGUCAGGCUGAUGUUCUUGCAAGUCAGCGCAUUAUUGUGGCCAUCGACUCAUGGUCUCGGUAUUCUAGGUAUCCAAAGGGUCACUUUGUCCGAGCAUUGGGAGAAAUCGGUGACAAAGACACUGAGAAUGAAGUGCUUCUUCUUGAACACGACGUCCCACACACCAAAUUCUCGGAUGCUGUUCUUGCUUGUCUUCCUCAAAUGCCUUGGAAAAUCACAGAAGAGGAUUUAGCCAACCGAGUUGAUUUGAGAAAUGUUUGCAUCUGCAGUGUGGAUCCGCCUGGUUGUACUGAUAUCGACGAUGCAUUGCACUGCUUCCAAUUGCCAAAUGGAAACUAUGAGGUUGGCGUCCACAUUGCUGAUGUGAGUCACUUCAUCAGACCUGGAACCGAGCUUGACAAAGAAGCUUCAAGAAGGGCAACAACUGUUUAUUUGAUUGACAAGAGACUGGACAUGGUUCCAGAACUUCUUAGCUCUAAUUUGUGCUCGUUGCGUGGUCAGGAAGAAAGAUUUGCAUUUUCUUGCAUUUGGGAAUUAUCACCUGACGCCCAGAUUUUGAACACCAGAUACCACAAGAGCGUUAUUUGCUCCAAAAGAGCAAUGACUUAUGAAGAAGCUCAGUUGAUCAUUGACGACUCGAGUCAGCAGGACGAUCUUGCAAAGGGUUUGAGAGGCCUCAACAAUUUGGCUAAAAAACUGAAAAAGCAGCGCACAGAUAAUGGAGCGCUGGUUCUGGCAUCUCCAGAAGUCCGAUUCCACGUCGACAGUGAGACCCAUGAACCUUUAGAGGUUGUAGUAAAAAAGAUGAGAGAGACAAACUCGAUGGUCGAGGAGUUCAUGUUGCUGGCCAACAUUUCCGUCGCCACCAGAAUCCUAGCUGAAUUUCCAGAAUGUGCCAUUCUCAGGCGGCAUCCCAUACCACCAAUCAGCAAUUUUGAGGCACUGAUGCGGUCAGUUAGAUCCCAGGGUUUUGAGCUGGAUGUUUCGACUGGGAAGACAUUUUCAGAGAGUUUGGACAAGGCGGUGAAGCCAAAUAACCCAUUUUUCAACAACAUUGUCCGUAUCUUGGCAACUAGGUGCAUGUUGCAGGCUGUCUACUUUUGCAGUGGAAUGAUUCAGCCUGACGAAUACAAGCAUUAUGGAUUGGCUGUGCCCAUCUACACUCAUUUCACUUCUCCCAUUAGGAGAUAUGCUGACAUCAUGGUGCAUCGACUUCUUGCAGUGUGCAUUGGUGCCGACCACAUGAGCCCCGAGAUGCUGGACAAAAAUUUCAGCAACCAAGUGUGCAAAAAUUUGAACUACAGGAACAGAAUGGCACAAUAUGCUGGUCGAGCCUCUGUUGCCCUUCACACACAUAUUUUCUUCCGAAACAAAAUCCAAGAUGAGCAAGGAUACAUUUUGUAUGUCAGAAAAAACGCUCUAUUGAUUCUGAUACCUAAGUAUGGCCUCGAGGGAACUGUUUAUGUUGCUCCAAAGAAAGGAGAAACAAUGCUUGUCAACUUUAUGUACGAUGAAGAGGAACAAUCACAAACAUGUGGAAAUGUGGUGUUCAGGCCUUUUGACCCAGUCAAAGUUCAGCUGAGCUUGGACCAGACAGACAGGCAGCGAGAGAAACUAGUAUUCAAGCUUGUCGAACCAGUCAUAACUGGGUUCAGUGUUCCAUCAGUUGGAUCAGAGGCUCAAGAGGAGCCAAUGGAGGUGGAAAUUGUAGAUGAGAAACCAAAAGGAGCAACGUCUACUGUUCCUCCAUCAAAACGCUCGCGGCGGAGCAAACGAUGAUUUAAAAAAAUAAGCUGUCAGGACCCAUUCAAUAUUCUGGCAUUUUUAUUUCAAAAUGUGCUUUUACAAACAAGAUAAAUACUGUUCUUACAUUUUUAGAAAAACAAAAUAAAUUUUCACCCUUUCAUAAUAAACAAAUAA